UGGUUUUUUCCCCUGGCAUCUGCCUCUCUUUCUGCAAAACGUUGCAUUCCGGCUCAUUGGAAACCCCCCCCCCCCCACGAAUGUGGAAAGCUUGGGUCUUGGCAUCUGAGCCUGUCUUACUGGCACGCAAUGUGAGGUGCUGACGACACUUGACAACACGUUCGCUUGCCUCAUCUCCCGGGCUGAGGCUGGUGAGUAAGAGCAGAGGCAGCCUCACUCACUCUCUGCUCCUGGUCUCUCAGAACCACUCUCCUCCCAAGGCUCCCGAGUGGAUCGCCCCCAUGGGGUGAAUCAGCAGGCAGGCAGGAAGCCAUCCGGGAUGAGUCUCUGCAUGUGACUUGUGACAGAAGGUGGCAGGAGAGGUGUCUGGGGUGCCUGCUCAGGAUGCUGCCAUAAGGAGUGGGGAGAUGAGUGCCAACUCCUCCUACAGCGGGCCCAGCCCUGCCAAUGGUUCCGAGGGGGCGCUGCCAGCCGGCCUGCAGGUGCCUGGCCUGCUGGAGCUGGCAUUUACGGUGGUGUCGGCCGUGAUGAUGGGGCUGCUUAUGUUCUCCCUGGGCUGCUCCGUGGAGAUCCGGAAACUCUUGGCGCACCUGCUGAGGCCCUGGGGCAUCGCCGUGGGGCUGCUCUGCCAGUUCGGCCUCAUGCCGCUUACAGCCUACCUCCUGGCACUUGGCUUCUCCUUGCCGCCCCUCCAUGCCAUGGCAGUCCUCAUCAUGGGCUGCUGCCCCGGGGGCACCAUCUCCAACAUCUUCACCUUCUGGGCAGAUGGAGAUAUGGACCUCAGCAUCAGCAUGACGACCUGCUCCACCAUGGCUGCCCUGGGGAUGAUGCCACUCUGCCUCUACGUGUACUCCUGGUCCUGGAGCCUCGAGCGCCGCCUCACCAUCCCGUAUCACAGCAUAGGGAUCACCCUUGUGUGCCUGAUUGUUCCUGUGGUCUUUGGCAUCUAUGUGAACUAUAGGUGGCCUAAACGAUCCAAAAUCAUUCUCAAGAUCGGGGCCGCUGUUGGAGGGGCCCUCCUCUUGGUGGUUGCGGUUGCUGGUGUGGUGCUGGCGAAAGGAUCUUGGCAUUCAGACGUCACCCUUCUGACCAUCAGCUUCCUCUUCCCCCUGAUUGGCCAUGCCACGGGCUUUCUGCUGGCUCUCCUUGCCCACCAGUCGUGGCAGAGGUGUAGGACAAUUUCCUUAGAAACUGGAGCUCAGAAUAUCCAGCUGUGUGUCACCAUGCUCCAGUUAUCUUUCACCACUGAGCAGUUGGUCCAGAUGUUGAGCUUCCCACUGGCCUAUGGGCUCUUCCAGCUGUUGGAUGGAUUUCUCCUUGUAGCAGUGUAUCAAGUGUACAAGAGACAACAGAACAAAGCCAGGAGCUGCCGGAAGCCAGCGUGUGUGGCAGCCUGCCGUGAGAAGCCCCCUUCUCCCAGAGAGACCAGCACUUUCCUGGAGAUUGAUGACGGCCCCGAGGGAACUCCUGGGAUACUGGGGCUGAAAGAACUUCAUGGGACCCCGAGCCUAGAGGGCUGUCCCCUCUCUGUGGCCAGUAAAUACAAUGCAGAGCUGAAGACUGAGUCUUGAUGACUGGACCCAGGGAGAGGAGGGAGCGGGGGGGGGGGGGGGGGCGGGAGAUUGUCUCCAUGUCAGGUGUCAGCAUAUUUCUAUGUUGUGUGGACUGUGACCGCUCCCUCCUGGACAGUGCACUCUGCUGAGCUCAUGUCACAGGCUCACAGGGCCGAGCAGCACCCUGGGCACGUGCCAGUGUCCUCACAUGGAUUUUGAUCUAAGGGGCGAGGAUGCCUAUGCUGCGAGGUGAAGACAGAGCCUGGGCCUCCUUGACUUGGCUCCUUUGGGGCCAAUGAAGGAAGUCCUUUCUCCAGCAAUGGUUCUUUUUAAGGGCCUAAAAAACACACCUGUGGAUUAUAGAAGAUCAAAUAUUGAGGUGUAAAGGUGGCUGCUCUGUGUUCUUAACCCCUAGAAGUAAAUGCAAGGAUGCCCUUCUGAUACGUUGACAGGAGCAUCGUGUGGUCUGAGGGACCCCGAGGACCAUGGGCAUGUCCUGUGGGAUUCCUGGGCCAGUUAGCUAUGCGCUGACUCCUCAGCCUUCAGACCAGAGGCUCUUGGGCAUGUUGAGAGGACUGUCAUUUGUGGAGCCCCAACUCUCACAUGUGGGCAUGGAGCAGUUUGCAGUCUGGCCUGAUGUGAGCACAUGGUGGGCUCCCUCCUUCCAGCAGGAUGCACGGAGAGGCUGGUUGCUGCAUCUGAUCACUGCUGCCCAGCAGUGCCCCCAGGACCUGCCUUGGUGCCCCCAGGUCCAUCUCCCCCAUCAUACCAGUCUGGACAGUGGCCAGGUCUGCAUGGGGAGGGCAGUUCCUCUCCAGUAACAUUAAAACAGUGGUGACCAGAGUCUGCUUUGUGACUGACCACUUCUCUAUCCACGUCUUGCUUUUCUAUUAUUGCUGCUGUCUUCUCUCCCUUCUCAUUCUUCCUCUUCUUCUGUUGAAAUAAUUUAUUUAUUAUUAUUUGUUUUAUUGCCACCAGAGUUAUCUCUGGAAUUUGGUAACAGCAUUAUGAAUCCACCAGUCCUGGUGGCCAUUUUUCCUUUUCCCUCCCUCCCUUCCUUCCUUCCUUCCUUCCUUCCUUCCUUCCUUCCUCUCCCUCUGCCUCUCCUCCCCUCCCCUCUCUUUUAUUAGGACAGGGAGUGGGGGUUUGAACCUGGGCCCUUGAGCAUGGUAACCUCUGUGCUCAACUCAGUGAGCCACUACCAGGAUCCCCUCCUUUUUUUUUUCUUUUCUUUUUUACAAGAGCUUUGGUUUAUGAUGAUACUGGGGAUUGAACUCAGAACCUCAGGCAUGAUUCUUUCAGCACUGUUAUGCUGUUUCCCUAGCCCAUGUAUUCUUUCUUUCUGUCUGUCUUUCUUUUUCUUUCUUUUUUCAACACUUUGUAAGCAUGACUCUUUAUCCUGUGCAUUGGCAACACCUGGCUACCUCUGUCUUUUAAAGUUUUUUGUUUUCCUGUUACGCCUUUUGCUCCUCAGGCAUCUAAUAUGGUUUGUGUUUUCAAUGUUAGUCUUUUUAAAAAAUGUUUUGUGCGUAAGGAUUCCGGGUCAAGCCUCCAGCGCUCCCCACCUGCAGGG